AUGCAAGCAACUUGCGUCACUGUGGCAUUAGAGUGGGGCGGGUUGUUGAGGCGCCUGGUUGAAGAUAUUUCGCAUUGCCGCUGCGGGACAGCCCUGAGACACAGGGGAGCGACAAGAAGGCUGGUGAAACAGUGGAGAGAGGAAGUUUUGGGGAAGUUUUGCUGCUGUAAGUGGCGGCUGCGGGGAAAGAGACAGGGACUGAGACCAUGCAUCGCAGGUGAGCGUGUUGGAGAUGACCACCAAUUUCCAGCGGUUGCCCCGUCCCCUGAAAAGAGCCCAGCAACUGGCCGCUUGCAGGACGGUGCGGGUCGCGGUGCUGGGCCAAGCGGCAGUGGGGAAAACAGCGAUCACAGUGCGUUUCAUCACAAAACGCUUCAUCGGCGAGUACGACCCGACUUUGGAAACAAUAUACAGACACACGUUCUCAGUGGACGGUGAAUGCGUGCAGUUUGAGAUCCUCGACACUGCUGGGCAGGAAGAGGAUGCGAUGUUAAUCGAGGAGAAGAUCAAGUGGGCGGAGGGCUUCAUCAUCGCCUACUCUGUGACGGACCGCUGCAGCUUCGAUGAGGUCCUCCGCCUUCGCUUCCUCAUCAGCCACAUCCACUCCAACGUGAAGCGCUGCCACAGCGACACGCCGCCACCCGUGGUGAUUGUCGCCAACAAGAAGGACCUCCAGUACGACCGCAUGGUCACCACGGACGAGGGCAGCAACAUCGGGCAAGCGCUCAAGUGCCCCUUCUUCGAGGUUUCGGCCAGGGACAGCUACGAGGAGACGGUGGCGGUCUUCAGCCUGCUUUACCGGGAGCUGGCCAGCACGGGAGCCCUCUCCGCCUUCCGCAGGAAAGUCUCCUCCAAACUCAUGGACAAGAUCCCCAGGAUCCACUCGACGGCCACCACAAGCCUGGCCUCGCGCAGUUUCAGCCUCAGCUCCGUGAAGGACUUCUUAACCGAUUGACUGUUCCUGCAAGACACUGCACCUUGUGUGGGAAGCAACUGCAAGACCCUGGUCACAGUUUAAGGAUAAGGGGGAAAUCUUUUAGGAUCGAGAUGAGGAAAACAUUUUUCACACAGAGAGUGGUGAAUCUGUGGAAUUU